AUGAGCGCGGCCCCCCCCGCGCCGCCCCCCCCGCGCCCUCUGCCCAUGAACCUCUACGCCAGUUGGGAGGGGGACAGGGGAUCCCCGAGCUGCGUGCCCAGGCUCUUUACGCUGCGGCUCCAGCGGUUGAUGGUGGUCCAGGAUUUGGCCAAAGACCACCUCGGCUCCGUCGUCAUCGCCCUCAAACUGCAGGGCUCCAAACGCAUUCUCCGCUCCAAUGAGAUCCCAUUGCCGCCCUCCGGCGCCGCCGAGACGGACCUCCAGCUCAGCUUCUCCCUCCAGUACCCCCAUUUCCUCAAGCGCGACGCGAACCGAGUGCAGGUGAUGCUCCAGCGGCGAAAGCGCUACAAGAACCGAACCAUCCUGGGCUACAAAACGCUCGCCGUGGGGCUCAUCGACAUGGCCGAGGUGCUGCAGCACCCAUGCGAGGGGGCGCUGGCGCUGGUGCUGCACCGGGCGGUGAAGGCCACGCGGGUGCCGGUGGCCGAGGUGCGGGUGCUCUCCCUGGCCAGCCAGCCCCUCCCCCAGGAGGCCAAGGGCAAGCUCGCCGAUCGCUCCCCCGAUUUGGAGAACUUCUCGGAGGAGGAGGACGAGAGCUUCUCCUCGGAGGGCAGUGAGGACCCCCUCCCGGCCCAGGACCUCUUUGAUGAAGAGGAGGAGCUGCCGAAGGGGAAGAAGACCAGGAGGAAGAUCAUGGCGACCAGCAGGCAGCCCAAUUUCAAGCAGAAGGUGGUGGCUCUGCUCAAGAGGGUCAAAGUAUCUGAGGAGGGCGCCUUCGCGCUGGAGCCGGGGGUGUCCCGGGGGCGCUUUGGCGCCGUCGGCGCCGAUCUCGACGCUCUCUACGAUUCCCUGGAGAGCUUCAACCCCAGCGACAGCGGCGCUGAGCGCGACGACAGCGACAGCGUCCGCAGCUCCCCCAAACCGCGCCUGCGCCCCUUCUUCGAGGGUCUCUCCCAGUCGAGCUCUCAGACGGAGAUGGGCAGCGAGGGCCCCCCCGCGGCUGAGCCCCGGGGGGGGCGCGGAGCCCCCGAAGAUGGGGGUGCAGAGCCCGAGUUUCAGGACUCUCGGGGGGACCCCGAGACGCUGCUGGAACUCGGGGGGGUACCCGAAAAACUCAAGACCCCCCCUAGGGGGGGUUUUGUGGUCCUCAGGGUGGACUCGGGGCCCCCCCCGGGACGGGGGCGUCGUGGGACCCCCCUGAGAGAGAGGAACCCCGAAAGUGAGCGACCCCCAGAGCCCCCCCCGGGCCAGACCCCCCCGUGGCCUCGCCGGGCGCUGUGGGAGCAGCUGAGCAGAGCUCUGGGCCCUGAAGGCGCCGUCCCUGACAGCGUCACCAUCACCAACAGCGCCGAGUGGGGGGGACAGUGGGUGUGGGAGCUGCUGCAGGCGCAGGGGUUGAUGGCCGUGGGGGCCACGGGGGGGGAACUGCCGGCGGUGCUCAGCGCCCUUCUCACCCGCCUGCAGAGGCUGUGGAGCGUCUCGGUGCUGCCCCCCCGGGGGCUGAAGGUGGUGGCCGUGGGGGGGUCCUCGUUCCACAGCGCCCUCCUGCGCGCCUUCGUGCGGCUCCUGGGCCCCCAAAGCCCCGAGUGGCUCAACUGCCUCCGCUUCCUCCUCGUCCCCCUCGGCCCCCACCCUGUGGCGCAGUAUCUGGGCUCCCUCGACACCCGCUACGCCGCCGCCUUCCUCGACCCACCCUGGCGUGAGCUCUUCGGGCGCAGCGAGCCCCCACCCACCGAGCCGUUCAGUGUCACCGGACGCAUCCUGAGCUUCGUGGCGGGCGCGGGGACGGUCCAGAACCUGCCGGUGGCCGAGGCCAUGCUGGCACGGCCGGAGACGGCCCCGGACGAGGAUUCCUACCAGAAGUUUGUGCCCUUCCUGGGGGUGGUGACAGUGGGCUUGGCUGAGGACCCCCCGAUGGCUCUGGGUGACGGGGACGAGGUGCCCCCCCCGAGUCUGGCUGUCCCCUCGCCGUCCCCCCCCCCGCGAGGCCAUGGCCGCCACCCCCCCCCGCGUCCCCCGCCAUCGGCACCCAGGGUGCCUCGGGGGAUGCUGUGGGGCUGCAGGUGGAUUAUUGGUGAAGGGGGGGCCAAGAACUCCCUCCGGGGUACCUUCCGCUCCCUCCUGGUCACCCGUCUGCCCCCCCCCGGGGACCCCCCCGGAUCCACCCUCACCAUGACCCUGGUGACCCGCGAGAAGAACAAGAAGGGUGCCACCCUGUUCCUGUCCAAGCGCCCGCGCGAGCCCGACUCCAAGAGCCUCGGGGUGGAGGGGAUCUCUCGGCUCAUCUGCUCCCCCCGCAACCCCCCCGCCCUGCUCAGCGUGACGGUCGAUGGCACCCAGUGGGAUGACAUCAAGUUCUUCCAACUGGCGGCUCAGUGGCCUUCGCGCCUCAAACACUUCUCCGUCGGCCUCUUCGGGCCCUGACCCCCACCCAUGGGUGCCCCCCCCCGAGCACCCAAGAGUG